UCUGUCUCUGCUGAUUGCUCUAUCUGGCGACACUGAGCAGGCCCUCUGGGCAGGGCAGUCUCUUAGUGGUGGAACGGUGGACGGUGGAACAACAAGCCUAAAUGUCAGACGGAGAUAAGAAUGGCCAAGACAAUCGUGAAGAUGCCCUUGUCCCAGUCGAGGUGUGGCCAGAGCUGGAGAGAGCUGAGAGUUUGGCUCGUGGUGCAGCGCUGAAAUGGGCCUCAGGUGUCUUUUGUCGUCCAGAGCAUCUGGAGAGACUUGGACAAUACAGGAAAAGGGAGAGUCAACGAACUGCAUCGAUUCAUUCAAGGUUAAAGUCAGUUGUACAGUCUUACCUGGAAGGUGUCGACUGGGGUCUUGGUCAAUUGCGAGAGGCACGAGCUGAGCUGAGAGAAGUGUCUCAUGACUUGCACAAGGCUGACUUGGAGUCCAGGAAAAAUUCUGAAGAAGUAACUACACUGGAGACACUUCGGGAGAUUUCUGUCUCUCACCGCCAGCUCCUUGCUGCAGUUAGUAACCUACCACGUCUCUAUAAAGUGCGGAGUAUGGUGCUAGAGACAGAGAGACUAGUGGAGUCUCGGAGACUAUUGGAAGCUCAUGCUCGACUAAUGGAACUAGAACGAUGGCAGGAUGAGGUACUGCUGCAGCUCCAGGGACCCCGGGGAUCAUCUGGGACGGGGUUUACCUCCGAGGAUGAGGAGUUAGUCCGGAAUUAUUUCUCAGGUGUUGGACGCUUGGUGGAUGCCCUUGCCAAGGAGCUCUGGGCAGUGGUGGGUAGUGGGUUGUCACUUGCUUGUCAAAACCCCACGCUUUUUGUGUCAGCUGUACGGAUAGUGGAGCGGGAAGAAGCACUAGAUCAGAUGUUUCUGGAGGAACGGAGGUCAACAUCAGGACAGAACACACCCAUGCCCCCUGGGAGACCACGUUGCUGGAGGGACCGCUUCUUCAAGGUGAUGGAAGAGGCAGUGUCAGCACGUUUCCGUAGCGUGUCAUACUUGCACACUCGUGGACCAGGGCUUGCAAGUCACUUGUCUGCUCUACAGCAUUGCAUUAUGGGAGACCUUUCAACAGUGCGGCAUUUUCUUGAACAAUGUGUUCCGUCUCACUAUCGUCUAACAAGAGCUUAUCUGCAAUUCUGCCACCAGUUCUUGCAGAACCAUCUUGGACUGGUUAGUGGAUGGGAGCUAGAGGGUGGGGAAAUCUUCGCUGUUCUUAACUGGGUUCUGCACAUAUACAACAGCUCAGAGAUGAUGGGUGAGCCAGCCCUUGUAGCUGAGCUAGUCAUUGAGAACAUGGGACCUCUCAUUUCCCAGGAAGGUCUCGAGCAGCUGCAGAACAAAUAUGUCCAAAAAGUUCGGAAGAGUGUCUCAGAGUGGAUGCACAAGGCUCUAGAGGUGGAGCUGACAGACUGGCAGAGGGAUCAGGAACCUGAUAUUGACCAUGAAGGCUGCUAUCACACCAGCCUUCCAACCAUCAUUGCUCAGAUGCUAGAAGAAAAUGCACGGGUGGCUUUGAUGAUAAGUGAAGCUCUGCGGGACCAGACAAUCCAAAUGGGGCUUUAUGAGAUGGAGAACCUCCUCAGCCGAUUUCGAGAUGCAAUCAUAGAAUUUGGGAAGGAGCAUCGCAGGGAUUCAGCCAUAAACAGUAACAAGUUCUACCUCCAUUAUCUCCUGGCCUGCAUCAACAACUGCAUCAUCCUCAAAACCUCCACAGAAAGCCUGCAGCAACAGUUGUGCUCCUUCCCUUCAAACCGGUAUUCUCGCAUUUCACUUGGACCUCUGGCUGCCCUGGACCGUGCUGUGAGAAAGGCAUGUCGCUUAGUUAUGGACCAUCUCUUGUUUGAGUUGCAACCUCAUCUACAGGAGCUCCUGUCUCGUACCUGGCUGGACCAGGGAGAAGUAACCCCAAAUAUGUGUGGGGUUUUAGAACGUCACUGUGAACUUUACAACAGGGUGCGGCAACCUUGUCGCCAGAGGCUAAAGGAGGAAUGUCAAUGGCUAACUGUUGUUGAGUAUGUCCGUACACUGAUGCAGAAGAGAUUGGUCUGCAGAAAUGGUGAUGAGCGAAACCAGUUGGCCCAGCGAAUGACACAGGAUGCUCAGCAGCUGAGGGACCACCUUCAAAGCAUGGAGAUUGAUGGGACCAUAGGUGAGGUGAAUCCCACAGUCUUGAUAAUUGCACUGGCUGACAUAAUCAAUUUGAAAGACCCAAACAUGCUAAUACUGGAAAUUUCUGGAUUGGUAACCAAGUACCCUGAUAUAAGUGAGGAGCAUGUCUCUGUCCUGUUGGAUGUAAGAGGGGAUGUACCCAAAGAUGUGCGGAAGUCAGUACUAGAUUUUAUGGAGCAGAGCGCCCCACCUUUACCACAAGGAUACCGCCCUAUAUUCACAGAAAUCCUUGUGCCCUCUUCCAGCAUACAGUUUUGUCUGCCUACUGCAAAAUGUACUUGAGAAGCACUCAGAGAAAUAACCCUACUGAAUUGUAUCCGGCCUAAUAAACAGGAAAUUCAUUAUUAAUUCAUCAGUAUUCUAUAAGACUAGCCUACUCGUUAUCUGAUCUGUCUUGUCUGAAAUUAUACUGUGCCCAAAUAAUAUUUACAUUUAUGAUCUCAACAAAUGUUUUCCUACAAAUGAAAGUGCACAAACAAAAUGUACAAUCAAGUAAUUUUAUAUAUCUUGUUAGUAGUUCUCCAACAUGUAUUGUAGAAACAAGAGAAAGCAGUGCACAUUCUGGCUCAUUGUAUUUUAAAAUAUUUGGGGGUGAUAAUUUUUUUCAAUGUAAAUGUAUAAAAAAGUUCAUGUUACCAAACAGCAUUCUCAAAGACAUUCAAUCAAUUGCUUUAAAACUUGUAUAUUGUGGUUCACUAUGUAUAUUGUGGUUGACUAUUGGUCAAUAAAAUAUCGCAUAUUAAGAAAAAAUACAUAAAACUGAUUCAUCAAUUCAUAACAAUUCAUUAAUUCAAGGGUAUAACACUAACAACCAAUAAUGUAAAUACAUGUACAUACAAUGGUACAUUAAUAUAAUAUACCAUUGUAUGUCCACUGUACCAUGACAAAUUAAAAUAUUAGACAAAUUAUUUCAGCCAUAGUAGUUUUAGUAAGGCUAAUAUUGAACCUGUAGAUCUGUACAUUGAAUAAAACGAGGAAUAUUUUUUUAAAAAUGUAUCAAGGUAUUAUUUUCGAUGUUUGAUGAUUAGAGGUAUUCACCAAUUUGGUUUCACUCAAUCAAUGGGCCAACACCAUCAGCUAAAGAAUAAUGAAUCAAAUAUUCAGGCUAUUAUAAAUAUUGGUGAUAAAAUGUACCAUGAAAUUUAAUAUACAAACAAUUGCUUCACAAUUUAUAAAGAACAACUACGAUAUGUUUUACAAUCUUUUCACAAAUCCACGAGGAUAUGCACA